AUGAUUGUCUUUAAAAGGUUCAUCGUAUGGACAAUUUUAUUUGGGAUCACUACAAUACAAUUUCUGUUGUAUUUACCGAAUUUUACAUGUACAGUUUCCACUGGAGUACCUCUAUGUGCAGCACAGUUUAAUUUUUCGAUUGUGGGUACAUCUACCAUUACCAAGGAUUUUAUCGAUAGUAUAAGAGAAUUUCUAAGACUCAUAUCUUAUCUGGCCUUAGAUAUGGGGCGGGUAGGUGCUACAGAUCCCAAAAUUUACAAUGAGGAAAAUCUGGUGGAUACUUUUGAUCCUGAUAACGUCUACAAAGUGAAUUUUUUCGGUUAUUGUAAGAAAAGUGGGUAUCAUAGAGCUUAUUGCGUGCAAAAUGGAGAUUCAGGAAUGGACGUUCUUAGUAUUUUGGUCAGAGAUGUCGGCAUCCAAUUAUCUAAAUUAUCAAGCUCUCCUGCAAAUAAUACUAAAGUUUUAGGAGAUUCACUGGUUCUCACUUACCAUUUAUCACUGUCGUCAUUGAGACGAUUUUUAAAGGGUGACCGUCGAAAUUCCAACGCCUUUUCCAAGAUUCUAUUAGGUGCACAGGACACCGGUACGGAUGAUGAUAGAGCGGAUAAAUUUGGGAAGGGUGUUGAUAUUGCAUACGUCUUGAAGGUUUUUAACAAAAUAUUAUUUUUUUGGCAAGUUGGUGAAUUUGCAUCAAGUUUUGUAUGUUUGAUCACCGUAAUUGUGUUUGGAUUAGUGUUGAUGUUUGGUAAAAGACAUCGAUCGUUGCCUCUUAUGCUCAAAUGUUCUAGUUCCAUCCUAAUAAUCGUAGCUACCGUGACACUUCUAGGGAAUACGGUUUAUUUUCUUUUCCUCAAACUGUUGGAGCCAUCUCACGAUUAUUCUCAAACUCCUGACUGGGCUCUUUUACAAGUUACCAUAGGUAGUGGCUUCGUUAUCUGUUGUGCACGAUACAUGCUUCAAUUGCUGUUCCUACCGGUAACCUUCCUAACUGCUAAUCACUACAGCAUAAGGAGGAAGCCUAAAAAGGACAGUGACGAUGCAUCAGUGGACUCAAUGGGCAAAGACGAUCUUUAA